CUACCGUAGCAAAGAGUCCAUAUUUACCAACAUGACUGUCACUGUCACGAGUGACUGAGACAUUUAGUCAGUCCUAACACAAACAUGGGAGGGACGCCAUCACUCCCCCAAGUACCCCUGACUACUGACCGAGUCGUUCUUGUCACCGGGGGAAAUACGGGUAUUGGAUAUGAAACGUCGAAAUGGAUAGCCAUGAUGGGGGCUAGAGUAAUAAUCGCAUGCAGAUCAGAGGAGCGAGCUAAAAAUGCAAUAGAAAAAAUGCAGAAGGAAUUUGAGGAGGAAAAAGCAAAAGGUACAGCAGGAAUAUGUUCGAAAGAGAGACUCGACGUGGAAUUCAUGGCUCUAGACCUUGCAUCCCUUAACUCAGUUGAAAACUUCAUAGAAACAUUCAAAUCUAAAGAAACUAAACUCCAUUUGUUACUUUGUAAUGCAGGAAUUGCAAUGCAUCCACUAGAAUAUACAGAAGAUGGUUUUGAAAUUAUGUUUCAGGUGAAUUAUCUCGGACACUUUCUCUUAGUAACCAAGUUAUUACCAGUUAUGCUGAACUCGGGCGAAGACUGUAGAAUAGUCUUGGUUUCCAGUGAGGCGUAUCUAACCUCUAGUUUUGAUUUGGAGAAAGCUCAGGGAAAACACCACACAAAGGAAAACUUUAAAAGACUUCAGUAUUAUGGGAAUUCAAAAUUAUAUCAGAUAAUGCAGAUGUAUUGCUUGAACAGGCGUCUCCGAAAGACAAAUGUAACCGUCAACAGUAUACAUCCGGGCAUUGUUGAUACUGAAAUCACCAGAAGCUUCAGUGACCUCGGAAUGUGGAAAGUGUUUUUCCAGCUAUCGAAAAUCAUCGGAAAGACGAAAAAUCCGUUUGAAGGUGCUAAAACUUUGAUCAAUGCAGCUGUAAAUCCAGACUUAAAAGAUACUAGAGAUGCUUACUAUUGUGACAUGAGAAUCCAGCAGGCUAACAGUUUAGCAAGAAAUCAAGAGAAGCAAGAAGCACUUUGGAAAUACUCUCUAGAUUGUCUACAAAAAUACCUAAAGCCUGAAGAUAUUGAUAAAAUAGAGAAAUUAUAGCCGUUCUAUUUUAAGGUUGUCCAAGUACCGCACUACGUAACAAUCCGGAUUUUACAAUAUUUGUUCAAUUUUUACAUAGCGUUUUCUAUAUUAAUCUUGCUUUACGUCUCUCUUGUAAACAAUGCUGGAAGUAACUGUAUAGCACGGUGAUGUUUGGAUUGUCUGUAUCAAUUGAGAAUAAGAAAUGAUUUAUGUUAAGAAACUCCAUUAUGUAAAAGAAGAAUGAAAAACGACAUUUUCAGGAUAAAAAUGCACGGAUUAACCAUUUUCUAGUUGUUAGCUAUUACGUUGAAACUCGUGAAUCAGGGAAUGAGUAUCAAUGAAUGACAAAUUACCAGCAAAUUAUUUCUAACAUUUGAAUAUUGAUUUGAUGUAUUAUUUCAAUUACUGUAUACAGGAUUUUUUCGCCCUGGGUUUUUUUCGUCCUUCUUCAUUUCAUUCAAAAUGUACUAAUAUAUUAUCUCUACUUUACAGGAUACUCUGGGAAAUUCAUGUAUAACGGAUUUUUGGUUGAUUUUUAUGUUCGAUAUAUUACGUAUAAGAACUUAAUUACUAAUAGAUAUUUUUACAAGGAUAUAAAACUAUAAAGAGAGGAAUACCUAGUGAGAUAAUUUAUGAAUAUAAAUUUCACCCUACCUCUUAAGAGGUCAGUGUUUGCUCUGCUCCUGUUUUGUAUUUUGUAUUUUUCUUUUGGACUUUUGUUCUCUGUUCGUUAUUAUCAUAAGUCAUUUACAACAUCAAUACAAAGUUACUUAAUAAGUGUACUUUUUAAAGCGCUAAGCAUAGCUGCAGCGCUUUUUUGUCGCCAGAUUUCUAAACCUACUUCCACUUUCGUUUUCGCGUUUCCUAUAUACCACCACCUACUGGCGGAUGCUGGAGAAGUCGUAUCAUGGAGAAGUCGUACUCUGUAAAAAUCAUAACUAUGAAGUAGGGGGAACUUAAUUAUCUUCAAGUUAUCCUGCAUGCAGAUGCAUUUGUUCCUCCAGUAUUAAAUUAACAAUAAGUUUCAUUUAAAUGUCAUUAUUAUAAUUAUAUCGGAUACGGGUGCUCCAAAAGCCAUGUCACAAUGAUUUAUUUCGAGAAAAAAUGGAUGUUAUAUGCAUUAAAUUGUGUUUUAUGUGUUUAGUAAUAAUUGGAAUAAUUGUACAAUAUCAAGGUUUUGAGUGUUUUUAAAUGUAAUGUGUUACAGUUAUGAACACCAUGUUUUAUAUAAAAAUGUAGAAUUUAUAUAUAUAAAAUUUUUCAAUUAACACCGGGCCCUUUUCACGAUAAUUUGUGCUGCUUUUUAUAAACAUUAUUUUAGGCUUUGUUUCCUGUAUGCAAUAUUUCAGAAAUAUUUUUCUUUCAAUUUGCAUUGAUAUGUAAUUUUAUAAUUAUCCAAAACCAAUGAUUUGAUUAUUAUUUAUGAAAAAAAUAAAACUGUCGAGUUACUUGAAAUACUACAGUAAAUAUAUGUAAUAAUCUUUAUAAAAUGAUACCAGCUUACCUCGUUUAAUUUGCAAAUAUGAUUUUAUUAAUGAUUUAAUUUAUGUGCAGUAUGGACAAAUUACGCAUUAAUAAAAACACUUAGUAACAGUAAAAAUGUGUAAGAUUCAACAUUGCUAUGAAUUAAAUAUAACUUUUAGAUAUUUAAAUGAAUUCGCUUAUUAUGUGAUACCCAUUAUAUUGGUAUAUAUGAAAUAAAACUUCUUGCCAAUUUAAUAUUGCUUGAUAACGUCGAAAAUAUACUAAAAGUUUUCUAUCUGAGUUCAAUUUUUCUAAAAGAACCCGUACCCUAUUACAUGGCUACGGGUUUUCUUUAGUACGACCUCUGUUACGCUGGUGAAAACAGUUCCUCUAUCCAAUGGCAACUUCUCGGGCCUUUCCGGCAGACCUUGUAUGUAUUGCAGGUGUCACUACAGUAUUAAAGUUUACUAUAUAUCCCUACCAUAAAUGCGCAUCUUUAGAUACAAGUUAAAAAUUCAAAACAAACUUCUGCGAAAAUCUUUUUGAUAUUUUUUAAAACAACACUUCUUCUCCAAUUUAGUAUCAAAAACACAAGCAAGGCACGAGAGUUUUUUUUACGUCGAAGUUACACGUGUGCUUGAAAAGCACAAGACCACAAGCCAAGAACUUAUCACCCCUCUUCCCAUAAAAAACAACACACAUCACAAAAAAUGACCUAGCUCGCAUUGUUUCAAAACGUGAAUAGUCAGACAUCUUCCACAUUAUUUUUUUUUCAUCCAUAAAAAGGUAGCCCCUGUUGCAGGCGGAAACGGCCCAAAUUCGAAGGAGAAUUCGGGAAUGGUUUUGCCUCAGCUAGGUUUAGACGUGAACCUAGUACGGUGAAAUACUGUUGUGACAUCUGCAUAGGCGUCCAUGACAACAUCCUUUUAAUAAAACUUGUUAAAAACACGAUACUUUUUACGUCUGAUGAGAUGUGAGCUAGACUUCAUCAAAUUCAAUGAUAUACCCUAAAAUAUACCUCAGAAGAGACCGUUUAGUUGAUGCUUAAAUGAAAAGAAGCGACUCCAUUUUGAUAUUCUAACAUCUCAGGUAAUGUGAAUACAUUAGGGGUCUUUGCAUGGUGUAUUGUAAAAAAAGGCUGGAAAUAUUGUUCAAAUACCAAAUCUUAUAUUUUGAAGAAUAAGUAGCAUUCCCUGCAAGGCAGAUCUGUCUUUAUUUUCUUCACAAGAAGCACGCACUCUGCAGCUCUGCUAAACAGUUGCGAAAUCUGUUUAAAACUAACAAGCAAUAUCAUUAUAAAAUUACUACAAAUGAUAUCGAUUUCCAGAAAUUGCUAAAAUUUUAAAAUCAAGCAUUUUUUCAACAUGGCUUAAGGCAGAUUGUUAUACUGUAAAUUGUAAAUUUUGACUUUACAGUCAAAUGGAUAACCAUUUAUGCUUACAUUUAUUGCGAAAUGCUUUUAUUAUGAUUUUUUAAAAAGUCUGUCAUCAGUAUUUUGUUUUCAUGUAACACGACAACAUGCAUUAAUCAUUAAAAAGAAUUAUGCAUUCUAUAACUGAGACAGAUCCAAAUUCUACAUCAUUUCUGAAUUCUGAGUAAGUGCAUUUUUCUCAAUAACGAGCAAUAUGAUUCUUUACAUGUAUUUUCAUAUCGAUCGAUAUAUUUUUAACACUUUCUUCCCGACUUAGCGCUUUUCAGUACUUUCAGUACUUUGAUUAGUUGAAGGCAAUGAUGAAGAAUCAUUAGAAAUGUGAAAUCUCAUAAUUUUUAUUACUCUAGAUCGAUAUUGAUAUAAAAUUUCAUAAGAUAUUAAAACUAUAUAUAUAUAUAUAUAUAUAUAUAUAUAUAUAUAUAUAUAUAUAUGUGUGUGUCUUGAAUAAAGAAUAUGUGUCAGAAAAUUCAACUACAAAAAGUUACAUGGUAUUUUGAACAAUAAUGUUCAUAUGAGGAAGUAGAAUUAAGAUGUAUCACUAAUGCAUGUGUUAAUUAAAGAUUUGAAUUUGAUUCAAAAUUUAGAAAUUUUCUUAAUUGUAUACAUAUACCAUGAUGAUGAUGAUGAUGUGAAUGGACUUGAUUUUUUUUAUAAAAAACAAAAUUAAAAGAAAAAGAAACCUA